AUCAUUUACACAAUCACCAUCCAUUGAUUUAUCAUCACCAAUUUAUCGUAAUGGUCUUUCAAGCCCAAAUUGGAGUUUACCAUCCCCAACAUGUAAUUCAGGAUCGAACGAAACUAGUCAAUGUGUUUUCAAAGAUUGUCUAUUAUGUAAACGUGGCACUCCAUUUGCAAGUAACCAAUCACCAACCUGGGCUUGUAUCAUGAAAAUAGUUUUCUACUGUCUUCAAAUUGAAAUGCCACAAAAAUCAUUUUUAAAUUUAAAAACCGAUGUUUAUGGUUUUAUGACCACUCAUUGGAAUUUAUUAUGUUUAGAUAAAAAGAGAUCUGACAAUUGGCACAAACAAAUCCAAGAUAUGCUUAGCCAUAGUAAAAAUUUAUUCGAAAGCGGUAUGGAUACUUAUAAGCAAAACGGUUAUUGGAGAAUGCGACAAAUUUCAGAUCCAUGGGAUGAAAUCAAAGCAAAGAAAAUUAUUACUAAAAGAAAGAGAAGUUAUAGCGAAAAUGACUCUUCAAUGAUAAAUAAUAAGGAUCAAUCACCAACCAAUACUCAUAAUACUGGCCAUUAUAGUAGCCGUGAUAUUUCAACCACAGUUUUAUCACCAAAAUUAAAUUUAAAUAAUAACGCCACCAAUGCUAAUAAUAGUAACAACAACAAUGAUAAUGCUAUGAAAAAACUUACUUCCGCCGCAUUUGAAGAUAUUGAAGAGGUUGCAAUCGAAGCACUUAGUUCACCAAUUCAUUCACCUACCAAUGAAUGCCUGUUAAAUUCUUCAAAUACUACAAUAUCAAAUAAAUCAUUGACUUCAACUCCAACUUUAUCGCCAACAGUAUCUAUUAAUAAUAGUUUGAAUAACAGUUUAAAUAAUAGCUUAAAUAAUAGUAGUAAUUUCAGUUCAAUCGAUAAACAAAUUCAUGAUAACUUUAAUCAAUUAUCAAACCAAUUAAAGAUUAUGAAGGAAAAUUCUUUAAUAUCAAAUUCUUUAUUAAAUGUCAAUAAUAAUAGCAAUGGUAACAUCAACAACAAUAAUAAUAAAGAAAAAGAAAGAAAAUACCAAAGAAAGAGAGCAAAUACAUUGGAUAGUAAUAUUAGUAUUCCACCUUUACCAGUAAUACCAUUAAUAAAUAAUUUAUUUAGUAAUAACAAUGAUAAUAGUAAUAAUACUCUUUUAUCACCAAGAAAUUCACCAAAUAGAAUUUCUUCACCAAGGGUUAAUAAAAUUAAUAAUAACAAUAACAGCAGCAGUAAUAAUGGUUUAUCAACUCCAUCACAACCUUCGUUACCCUCUUUACCAGUAGUAAAUAAUAGCUCAACUAUUAUAGCAGUAACCACACCACAACCAGUUGCCACUGCUUCGUCAUCCUCGUCCACUGCUCCUUCUUCUUUAUCUUCCUCAUUAGUCUCAGAAGCCUCGUCAUCAAACAGUAGUACUACAAAUACUCCACCUUUAUUCAGCAUUGAUAAUUAUAAUGUAAAGAUUGAAUCAAAUAAUAAUAAUAAUGUUAUAAAAGAAGAAAAGAAGGAUGAUGAUAAUGAUGAUAGUAUUCCAUUUAACCAGUUAGCUCCGUUCCAACAAGUUACCUAUCUCCAAGAACAAUUAAAACAAACCUCAGAAAACUUAAAAUAUAUUAGAGAUAAUUCAUUGAUUUCUGAUAGAGAUAUAAUUUCAAAACUACUGUCCAAAGAAAUUGAAAGAAUUUCAACUAUCGGAAAUAAAAAUAGCCAUAGCAUUUCUAUUAUGGAUACCUCAAGUGAUACCCCUUUAAAUAAUCAACAACAACAACAACAACAACAACAACCACAAACACAACAAGAUUCAAAUAACAACAGUAAUAGUAGUCAACCAAAUAUUCGCCAAGAAAAUGAUCGUAGUGUCCCAACAUGUGAUUUAAAUGCCUUAUCAGAUAUAAUUUUUAUGUCAAAAUAAUGAAAUAUAUAAAAAGAAAAAAAAAAACUAAUAUUUAAAUCUAAUUUAUAAACAAAUAAAAAUAAUUAAAAACUAUUAUGUAUAUAUC